AUGGUGUUUUCCAGACGGAAUUAUCUCAAUGUGAUCACCGCUCCGUUCCGUUUCAUACUGUCAAAAUUCAAAUUGCUCUUCGUUAUUGCUUUCUAUUCAUUGUUUGGAGCAUGGAUGUUCAUGACGCUCGAGGUGCCAACUGAUCUCGCCGCCAAACAAGAUGCUUAUCACGCUCGUCUCAUAGCCAGAGAUAUAAUGAUUCUGAAUUUGAGAGCAAUUCAUCAAAGCAAUAAGGAAGACCGUGAAGAGAGGUGGAAGGAGUCGAUUCUGACAUUCGAGAGCGACCUCGGUCUUGAUGAGCCUUCUCUUGAAAGCGCAUGGACUUUCUGGAUGGCUUUUCUUUAUGCUGGCACCAUUUACACAACAAUUGGCACGUUGUUUCCUACUUCCUCUACAGUUGUUCUUUCUGACCCAAAGGCCAGAUGA